AUGCUCGGCUUCUUGGGCCGCGGCCCAAGGCCCACGAUUCAACUGACACUGGCGAUCCUAUUUGUAUUCAGUCAGCUUACUUCCGUGGUCCUCGGUCUGAGAACAACAGCAGGCUCGCCUUGCGCAAGUGUCUGCAAUCGCGACUCGACCAACACCACCUCGUCAGAAAUCGUUUGCUUAGAUCGACAAUACAACAGUACCUUGAAGGGAACGCAUUUUCAGGAAUGCGUCGACUGUCAAUUGCGCAGUGAUUUCUUCGAUACAAUUUCGGGCGAAUCAGAUGUAACAUGGGGGCUCUAUAAUCUUCGUUAUGCUUUUACCUCGUGUCUCUAUGGAUACCCACGGCAAGUGGCCAACAUCUCGUCGCCGUGUGUAGUAUCCUGCUCGUCGCUGCAACCGGCUCUCGAUCAGAACAUCGAGAACCCAAGUGCCUAUGGGUUCUUCGAAUGGUGCGGCUCAUCCGCGUUUGCCGAUGUCGUCGUUACUCAGUGCCAUGAGUGCUACAACCUGACAACCAACCAGAUUUAUCUGGGAAACUUCGUCGAAGCCAUCCGCUACAACUGCCACUUCCGCACUUCAGCCGGCCAAGCAUUCCCCAUCAGCCCAGACGACAUCUUCACACAGAACCCGCUCCCGGAACAUACGGUAUCGCUAACCGAUCCCCCAAAAGACGACUCGGGAGUAAACCUCCCCGUGGUCAUCGCAGUCCCCAUCGUCUGUUUCAUCGUGUUAGUCUGCGCGCUUAGCGUCUGCUGUUUCUUCUGCAUCCGCCACCGUCGCAAGAAGGCGAAGGCGCGCGAGGAGAGGGAGUUCCAUGAGCAGUGGAAUACUAUGGCGCUUGCCUCACCGGGUCCCGGUGCUUGGGGCCAAUAUCCCGCACAAGUACCGGUCAUGUCGCCGGCUGUCUGGGGGUAUGGCGGGUAUGGAUAUGGGCCUGGGGUUGCGUUUUCGGAUAAUAAUGUGAAUGAUGGGCAAGCGCAGGGUGUGGGGUUUGCAAAGUCGGACUUUGAUACUAUUCAGCCGGCUGUGACUGUUACUUCGUCGUCGACUCCGGGGUCAUCGGAGCAGGAGCAGCAGCAGCAGCAACAUGCCGGGAACGGGAAUGAGGAACAAGCUCAUGCUCAAAAUUAUUUCCCUCCUCCCCCUGGUGCUUCGCAACCCCCGCCACAACGUGGUUCAUGA